AUGUUUCUUAGCCCCGUGGUGGAGUCCCGCCUACGCCUUAAGCUCCAUGUGGCGCGAAGGCGUUUAGCUACGCGGAGAGUGAUACAAGUGGUUCCGAAGUUAGACGCGGGCAAAUUGCUGUCGUGCCCCCUCUUCGCUAAGUGGCCUUCGGCGGCUCUGUCGGAGCUCCGCCUGAAGAUGGUGUGGGAAGUCCACGUGGAGGGGGAUGCGCUCCUGUACGGUGGGAUGCCUUGCAACAUGUCGUCGUUGUUUUGGAUCGUGUCUGGGGAGCUCGCCGAGCUGCCGAACAGGCGUGAUCUAUGUGAGAGUCGACGGCUUUCAAAGGCUGUGGGGAACCGCGUCUCUUCCGUGUAUAAUAUUGGUGAUGAACGGGCCUCGUCCGGGGCUUUGCACGCCGAGUUUCACCAAAACCUCGCCACCUUUGGCGCUGGUCAGUUUGCUGCAGGAGAACGCCUAUUCCUGGGCCUGCCGUAUGAUAGGACCAUGCGCUGUGAGAGCAACGUCACGGGAUUUGCUGUGAGUUUUCGUGUUGUUCAGAGGCUUCAAAAAAAAUGGCAGGUAUCACCAAAGGCAUCUGUGUCUGCAGCGAAGGAAAUUAUGCAGGAGCAGCUGUUACGAAGAGACGAGCGGCCUUUAUUAUCACUGGCCCUGCUUCAAAAUCCAAUUUUACGCUGCCUGGAUGCCGCAACGCUUAGUAUACUCUGGAUUCGCCUUUCCCCCAUAGUAGUGUGCGCCAACGAAAUAAUUUGUGACGACGUUUUUGCGGCUGACACCAUUAGUUUUCUCCAGUCAGGGGAGGUGUGCGUGGGAGAUAACCGUGGUCAUUGCGGCAGGAAAACCAUCUCGUGUGGUGGUGCCGUUGGAUUGCACAGCUUUGCGCCGUCUGAGGUGCCCUGUGCGAGAGAUGAAAAACAUCCCGCCGUGGCUCUCACAUUCUCUCAACUUUGGCGCGUUGGAUGGAAGGCGUUUUCAGAGGCCGUGAGCGACACGGAAUGGAAGAGAUGUGCAGCAGCUGCCCUGAAAACGAUAGACUUUCGCAUUGACAGGUCACUUCUGGAUAGGGCUGAGGUAUUCUCCUCUCUUUCUUCUUCAAAGCUUGAGACGCUUGCAAAUCGGAUGGAACUACGUGUCGUCCGUGGAGAUGCGUAUAUAUUACCCCCGCAGAAGAAGCCACAAGAAGUCAUUGUGGUAUUGGUGGGCACAGUCUAUUUUGAGGCACCGACUCCUGCAGAGAAGGUGCCGCAUGGUGUUAAAGCAGCGAGGACCCGCAUCCCUUGUGGUGAUCCUGUGGCGUUUGCCGAAUGUAUUGCGGAGGUGCCGUUGCAGCGUGGCGUGUUCGCUGCAACAGGUGCCGUCAUCGUCAGUCUGACGCGUCGUGCCAUGGUGAAAGUCCUUCGAAAAGGCGACAGACCAGAAAUCGAUCCGGCAGUCACAGAGGCAGCUAUGGCUCAGCUGGGCGUUCCGCUCAUCGCUAGUGGUGCGACGUGCAUCGUGAAUAAGGCCCAGGAGAAGGCGGCGCGACGCGUGCGGAAGUACGCGCAGGUGCAGCAUAGCAGCGAGGCGCCACAGAACGUGCCUUCUCUGUAUGACAACGUCGAUCAGCUGAUUGGGAUUAGUACCCAGGUUCUGUCAACGCUUGCCGUGCAGUUGCAAAGCCUCCGCCCGGGCGUUUGGCAGACGGAGUGCGGCGGGGUUUUGUACGACACGGCGUCGCGCACCGUUAUGAAAAAACAGUCACCCAACGAAAGGUUAAAGCCUCACCGUCCACACACCUGCUUCACUCUUGAUGAAAAGGGUUGUGUGGUGUUUUGCAGCACAGACGCCGUUGUGGAUUAA